AUGAGCAAAAUGUCAAUGCAAAAUUUGGACUGUGCUGCUCUAGAUCUUAAAGAGAUCGACAUUUCGCCAUUUUUUAUAGUGGGGAAUACUGUAUAUGGAGGUAGAGGUUGCUUUUCAACAAGACCGAUACCGAGUGGAACUCAGAUCCAUUAUUGCCCAACGCCUAUUGGGUUUACCAUAUCGCGAUUAUUCAAGAAGGAAGUUUGCAAUUGGUGUUUCAAAUAUGAACACGGAAGGGUGAUGAGAACUGACAAGUAUUACACGCUAGGGUUAAGGAAAGCUAAAAAGGAAAUUAAUUAUCUUGUUCAAGGUGAUGAUGACAUUGACGAACAUGCUCGCAACAGUUGGAAAUUAGCUGAUCUAUGGAAUGAUGAGAUUGACUCUAUGAAAGAAUCUAAAAGAAUAGAAUCACUACCAUGUCUAGAUGAAAUCGAGUAUGCAGAAGCAAUUUAUGUACUACAAGUUUUAUUCAAUUUCUACAAAACCAAGCUGCAGUUACUGCAUUCUCCACAGUUGUCAAAUAGUGAGAAUCUCGAGCUUCUACUAUUUAGCACCCUAGAGUCUAAUGAGACUGAAAAAUAUCGCAAAUAUCCCUAUUUGGUUCAAUCAUAUAUCAACAUUUUCAAAUUCAUCAAACUCACUUGCUCAAAGGAGUUGCAACCUUUUGUAAAUUCUAAAACUGUGCGAGACAUUAUAGGCAAGAAUCUCUCCAAUGCAUUCGGUAUUUGGUCUCACGCAAAAAGCUCUUCAGAAGAUAAGGAGCUAUUAGGAUUUGCCGUUUACCCGUCAGCUUCCUUCUUUAACCACUCGUGUGAAGCUAAUAUAAAAAAAAUACGCAUCAAAAAUGACAUGAAGUUUGUCACACUUCGAGAUAUUGGUCCUGGCGAAGAGUUGUGCAUCCAAAUGGUUUUUCACUUGUAA